GCUAGAGAACGUCACGUAGCCACUUUCACAGAGAGCCAAGAUGCACUGGGAGCAAGUGAGACGAGGUGCGGCUGGCGACUCGUGGCUCUCAGUUGCUCUCAACCUCCCCUGCUUCACCGCCACGCAACUCACGAGCUUUUGUGUAUACAUACUGCCACCACCAUCACUGCAGCAAGCGUUCUCCUUGCCACACUUACCAAGCCACUUCCAGUACCUUCCUGGAGCACCACCACCAACCACCACCACCAUCACCAGCACCACCACCACCAUCCCUCCCUCCCCCCUCCCGCCUGGCAGAGGAUCAGAGACACGUCGCCAGUAUGUGUUCCUCUUUGUACUGGAGAAACUUAGACUAUAAACAUCUCUGGUCAUCACACAGCCAGGUAAGAACAGCAAGAUUUUAUACUUGUCUUUUCCAUGGAGAGAGAAAAAAAAAAAAAAUAAUAAUAAUAAUAAUAAAAAAAUAAAUAAAUAAUAAAAAAAAAAAAAGUAAAUCAGACUAGACAGAUUCAUUCCUUAUUCAUAUAUAAAUAUGGUUCUUAGAAAGGGAACGCAGUCAUCAAGUUCUGGUACACAGAAAACACAGCUCUUACAUUUAAUAGAAA